AUGCAACAAGGUCAAGUUAUGUGUGAGGUGCCCAUGGACGACCAGGCGGCCUGUGGUGAUUAUUGUGAUCCAUGUCAAGUACCUGGAGAAUUUACACCAUGUCCACCACCACCAGCCGAUUGUGCCAACUGCCGUUGUGAUUGUGGUGAUUAUUCCAGUUGUUGUUAUCAGCAGCCACCACGUACCCAACCUAUACGACCCCAUCCAAGCAUGUUGCGAUCAAAUGCUCCCAUGGAAACGGAUACAAUUUAUAAACGAUCGUAUGUGCAAAAUUGUGGUGCCGAAUGUUAUAGGCCUCAGCCCAUUCGACCAUGUAAUAACAUCACCACCAUCAAGGAACCUUUGGAAAAAUGUACUGUACAAAAGUUAUCCUACAUGCCGCAUUGUAAUGUCCAACGUAGUGAACCAAUUCGUCCCAAAGAGAAUGGUUUACGUUUUCAGGGGCCAAUUUAUGCGGUGUCUUCGCAGAAACAUGAUUUUGUACCGAAGGGCUUCUGUCGCCGACAACCGAUUAGACCCUGUCCGGGUAUAUAUAAAAAUUGUGAUCCCCUCGAGAAAUGUACCGUGAAUAAAUUAUCCUAUAUGCCGGUGGAUGUUUGUAAACAUCCACCACCCAAACCAAUUUUGCAGACCUACAAUUAUGUACGACCCACGGGUCCCGGAGAACAAUGUACCAUACAAAAACUUAGCUACAUGCCGUUGUGUAUACCACCCAAGGAGCCCAUGCCUUGGGCGGAGAGGCAACGUUGUGCACCACCAAAAUAUGAAAAUCUUUGCACCACCUACAACCUGAGUUAUAUACCAAAUUGUCAGAUAUCCCGUAUGGCCCCCAUAUUACCCAUAAAUGGCCUAAAGGCCUUGGGCACGGAGACUAAUGAUGGCAAUACGGUUUACAAAUUAAGUUACAUUGGGGCGGAUGGUCGUUGCUGCCGCCCCGCUCCAAUAUUACCCAUAAACGGCCUGGAAAUGCCCAAGGGGCCAAUGGAAAAAUGCACUGUACAAAAGCUAUCCUAUCAACCCAACUGCUAUGCGGAACGUACCACGCCCAUCCGACCCAAAGAGAAUUGUGUUAAACCAUGGGGUCCCAUGUAUUUUAUGACCACACAAAAACAUGAUUUUGUCUGUAAGCCGUUAUGUCGCCGCAUGCCCAUUAAACCCCUACAGGCUAUUGGUCGUGCCAUAGGCCAGGUGGAGAAAUGCACAAUCAACAAAUUAUCCUAUAUGCCUCUGAAUGUUUGUGAAUAUCGUCGCCCAUCGCCAAUUAGGCCAAGACCUGGUGUCUGCCCACCGGAGGGGCCAAUGGAGAAAUGCACCACAUAUAAACUGAGUUAUAUACCAAAUUGUUUGCCAGCCAAGGAACCGCUGCCAUGGGCUAAUGCCUCGAAUUAUAUCAAACCAUCGGGACCCAUAGAAAAGUGUACCAUACAGAAGUUGAGUUAUCGUCCGCCGGGCAUAUUUUCAAGAUGUGGAGGUUAG